GGUCAUUGCUUUCGAUGAACCAAUGGAAAUCUAUUUUAAUAAACUGAUCUGUCACAUUAGUCAUCUUCUAUGACCAUCCCUAAGCAAAACCUGGUUACCAUCAUCUUAUAGGUGAUGUUUUUAUGGAUAUUACACGCCUCUUAUUGCUUUACAACCACUGUGCAAAGACUAAAGUUCCCUGUCUUUCAGACAACAGAUACAGGGGAGAGAACAAGGACUCAUGACAGCUUGAAUAUCUGAUUAGGCCAUUUUGUCUAUGGAUUUCUGCUUCAAUAAUUGUAAAUAAUUUUCACACACCUGUGUGUGUCCGCUUCCUUUUUUGGGUAAACAUGUCUAUGGCAAUGGAACUAACUGGGUUUUUGUUGUGCUUGGCAAGCUGGCUGCUCACUGGCUCCUCACUAGCGAAUGAUUAUUGGAAGAUUUCUUCUGUGUCUGGCAGUGUCAUCAUAUCCACACGCCAGUACCAGAAUCUAUUUCGCUCAUGUGCGGAGAACAGCGGCGGCAUCAGAAGCUGCAAAGACUUUGAGUCUUUGCUUGCUCUCCCUGCCUAUAUACAGGCAUGUCGAGCCCUCAUGAUCAUUGCUCUGCUCCUGGGUCUGGUGUCCAUUAUUGUGUCUGUACUGGGGUUGAAAUGCACAAAGAUAGGCAGGACAUCGGAACAGGCCAAGGGUAAAAUCGUUCUGACAGGCGGCAGCUUAUUCAUUUUAUCAGGUCUGUCCACCUUGAGUGCUGUGUCAUGGUAUGCUGCACAGGUCGUGCGAGAGUUCCAUGAUCCAUUCUUUGCUGGAGUAAGGUUUGAGCUGGGUGCAGGCCUUUACAUGGGCUGGGGAGCUGCUUUCCUGGCUAUUUUAGGUGGGGCCAUGCUCUGCAGUUCAUGCAAGAAGGGUUCUUCAGUAACACCACCAAGGGGAACUACAUACAACUACUCGAAAACAACCCAUGGACAACAAAUCUACACUGCAGCACCUGUGACAGAGUCAGGGAGUUCAAAAGCUUAUGUUUAAUACCAUUGAAAAUGCGUGUUUUUGUUUUAUCUUACUGUUCAGAUGUUUGUUUGUUUGUUUGUUUCAAUUUGUGUUACUCUACUAACUUCUGGUUUACAUUUAGUUUUAUGUACUAUAUGUUGUGGUAUUCUUGUGUUGAGUAAAUCUCUGAAUAUUUCUUUACAAUGUAUUGAUAAUAAAACUAUUCUUCAAUUCAA